GGAAAGUAAUCCGCUAGAGUGCAAGGAAGGAAUGGAGAGUUAUCCAAGGGUAGGAGGAGUUAGUCAGUCACUAAUGACCUCUCUAUCUCUUGCAAUUAAGAUCUUGCCAUAUUUUGGAUACUCUGAUCAAUGAAAGAUUUUAAUGACACAGCUGAGGUCAGAGUCCAGGCAACUAUGGCUUUCUAAUGAAGAUAAAUGGCUCAAGCCUUAUACUGAUGAACAGGGUAUCGAAAAACUUCAUAUUAAGAGGAAGCACUACAGUAUAAACAACUUAGAAGGCUCUCACAGCUCUGAAAAAGUAUCUGCAGAUUCAGAGUUGUUUAAGUUAAGAGAUACCGGUGAUUAUAAGCUCUAUAAUAUGACUUUCAAAUUUACGAAGGAGAAUAUUGCAGCUCUUGAAACUCUUGCUACUUUCUGAGAAACAAUCGAUCGAGAGUUUCUUACAGUUAGAUUGAUCCAUAUUUGGAGAGAUACUAAUUUAGUGCCUUAUUAUGACUUAUUACUGAAGAUUGUUAAAGCUCUUAAUGUAGAAGUUGAAGAGCAUAAAAUAGAGGAAGCAACAUACUUUAAGUUCAAACCUCCUUUAGUUAUCAGGGCAUCAACUCAGGAAGUUGAUGCUACAAAAAAUCAGUAUGUUUGCGACAAAAAUUGGACACAUCCAAACCAUCCAAAAGAGGUAAAUUCAGUAAUCAAAAUCAAUAUUGGGAAUUUUGAGCCUCCUGAAUUGGUAGACUGACUUGAGAAGUUACUUAAGACUAUGUCAAUGAGUGAACUAUUAAAGAAGAUUGGACUAAAAAGAUUUGAAAUACAACUUACUCCAGGCAAUUUUGAAAGAGAUGAACCCUAUCUUCAAAAGUUCUCAGAAAUAUUAGAGAGACAUAAAAACAGUGAAGGCAGUGAAAAAUGUGAUCUCCCUAAAAUCUGCCUUAAGUGGGGUGAUCUGUUUAAGAAAAAAGUUCAUUCACUAGAACCAGACUUUCUUAGCUGGAUAUCUACCUUCCAAAAUAUUUUCAGUACAAAAGGACUAAAAAUCGAUUAUAAAAAUGCUGUGAGUAGUUAUCAAUUCUCCCUAAAAUGCAAAAUAAGAGGAGACGAAGGAUUUAUGACUCAUAAUAAUCAGACUAUGAAGUUAUCCAAUGUUUAUUCCAAAAUCUAUUCAGACUUUGCUAUUGAUCAGGAAAGUAUUUGCAACAGAAUUUUAGAGUAGAUUUUUCAGCAAAUUGUAACAAAAAUAUCUUAGAUAGGUU